AGUAAGCAGACCUGAGAGACGUAUGCAGAAAAAUGUCACUCAAAACGUUUUAGCCCUUUUUAGCCGUAUUACUUAAUAAAAUUAUAACGUAAACGGAUACAAUUUCAAAUGUAUUUUAUUAGAAUCAAAUAAAAAAAAAUAGAUGACUAAGAAACAUGUACAGAAUAACUCCUCAUAUAAUAAAUAGCUGGAAAUACCGUCCAGUAGUCCAAAUUAAGACAGUGUCCAAGUAUGUUCCAAACCAGAAUUACAAGAAGGUGGCAGAGCGGGAGACUUGCCCCCCGCCCCCGACGCCGCCACCGCCGCCCCCUAAAGACGACCGGCUGCUGUGGGGGGCGCUCACUGUCAUUGUGCUAGCUGGGAGUUUCGCCUAUUACGCUAAGCAACAGCCCGAGGUCAGGGAUUGGUUGACCCUCCACGCGCCCUGGUUCGACGAUUUCAUAGCCGUAGUCUUCCAAGAGACAUUCACGUACGGUGAAUACGCGGAGCGGUGCUUGGACAACGUUAAGGCAUACUUGGAUAACUACAGCCGUGAUAGCAGUGCUAAGAAGAACUUUGUGGACGGAAAAGUCACUGAAGUCAAUCAAGUUCAUGAUGCUAGUCAACCUCUAGCAGAAGAAGUAUCAAAGUGUGAUGUGGAUGAGAAGAAACCGAAGUGUGAAGUGCAGCCACCGCCAGUUCUCACCAAGGAUAUCUGCGAGAUAGACAAGUGCUUGAGAGAACUUGGUGACGAGAUCAUCAACAACUAUCUCACUGCUAAGGAAGCCUGUGCUUAUUAUAAUCGGCUGGUAGAAGAAAAGAUGCUGGACUUUGAGUUAAAGGAUCUCAAAGAGUUACGGCAUGCAUUAGAAGAACGCCAGAACUUGAUUCAAACAUCCACAUGCAAUAUUUCGGAAGCCAAGCCAAAAAUGGACGACUUAGCUAGAUACAUGGAGUGUGGUGUAGAAGCACCCAAGCAAGCCAUAGCUGAAACCAAAGGCCUGGUUAACGACUAUAGAGACAAAAUUGAAGCAGCGCGGAUACAGUACGUAUGGGAGUACGAUAAAUCAGUUGAAUUGGACGCUCAAGUCGCCAAGGUGGAAGAAUUCGUCAAUAAAUAUGUAGAUGAGAACGAAACACUGUUCACGGGAUUACAUUAUGAUAGCAAGAAACCAACGCUGAAUGGCGAUACAGAUCUGCUGCUUUACCAAACUUUACGAUAUGCAACCAAACUUCGAGAGGAAUUAGCCGAAGCGGUUUCUAAUUACAAGGACCGGGUAAAUCGAGCAAUGGAAACAUUGCCUCAAUCUGAAAAAGAGCUUAAAGAGAGAAAAUUGCUGCUAGGAACAGAAAUCAAGCAACGACGAUUGGAACUUGACAAAGAAUACAAGAAAAGGUUUGAAGACCAAAAAGCAAAUAAUGAAAAGACGUUGAAAGAAGCACUGAAGAAGCAACAACAGAGGCACGAGGAGAUUCUGGAGCAAAAAUUAGAGCAAAAGGAAAAAGAAACGGAAGUGAAGCUAAACAAAAUGGUGAUAGAAAAAGUCGCGGCAGAAAAGAAGGCUUUCGCCGAUCUACUAGCAGAAAUGGCUGCCAAGGUGAAGGCUGUUGAAGACAAACUCAACGCCCGUUUGAAAGCAGAACGUGAGACGCGUCGUUCCCAAGAGCUCUGGGCAGCGGGAGAGUCUCUGCUAGCUGCUACCAAGAAAGGAGACCCAUUGGUCAAGGUGGACAAGGAACUGAAGGCUAUUCAGAAAGCUUCGGGUGACGGAGAUAAGUUGGUGGAGACAGUCCUCAAAGCUAUACCGGAAUCUGUCCGCACCGAAGGAGUUGUCCCGGAGAGUGUGCUCAGAGAGAGAUAUCAUAGAAUGGAGAAGGCCGCACUCGCUGUUGCAAUGGUAGAAGCGGACGGAGCGCCGCUGCCGAUAUACUUCCUGUCCUGGCUGCAAUCCAUGAUGCUGUUUGUAAAGCUAUCGUGCAUUCCUCAAAAAGAGAUAGAUAAACCUCUACAGGAGCCGUUUAAAGACUUGGACACUUUUGACUUGCUGCAACGGGCUAGGUAUUACAUGGAUAGGGGCAACAUAGCGGCGGCGGUUCGCUACGUCGCCUCGCUGUCUGGCGCUUCUGGCGCUGCGGCGACCUCCUGGCACGAAGCUGCGCGCGCGCACCUUGAGAUCAGGCAGGCGGCCGAGGCGGUGCUGGCGCACGCGGCUGCCUUGGGCUUGCAAUACAUAUGAAGUGUUUGUGAAAGCAGUACAUAAUGUUUUGGCGAUUGCCCACGUGGAAAAAAUAUAGGAGUUGCUUUGUAAAAUUUGAGUGUAUUUUUGUGUAUAAAAUUUAUAUGUUAAGCUUACCUACCUACAUUUUUAUUUUAAAUUCUCUUUGUAUUGUUAUACAUGUAAUAUUAUAUCAAUAGUUUUCCAACUGAAAUGUUUUAUUUUUUGUCUGUUUCAACGGAGUGCGAUUUAUUAUAUACUCUUUUAAUUAUUCCUGACGUAUGGGAAUCCUUUAUUAUAGGUUCCGUAGUCACAAAGACGGAGUAUGUUUUGUUCUUUUAUUUUAAACUAGCGGCAGCCCGCGACUCCGUUCGCGUUAACUUAAGUCUUUUGAGAACCCCAUAGGAACUAAACGAAAGUAUCCUAUGUAUCAAUCCAGGUUUCAUCCAUUAUCCGCUUCAUUCAAAUCAGUUCUGCGGGGCUAUUUCGUAAAAUUUUCGCGCACGGAUCCGCAUCGGAUCCGAGAGAAUCCAUAUGGGAAGCGCGUGAAAAUUUUACAGAAUAGCCCCGCUGUAGUCUUUCCGUGAUUGAGUAACAAUCUUUGAC